AUGGAGGACAAUAUACCAAAGCCCAAAACCAGCUGGAGAGUCUAUUUUGCUGUUAUCUUCUCAUCAAUUGGUGGGUUUCUCUUUGGUUAUGAUCAAGGAGUCAUGAGUGGCAUUUUGGUCAUGCCCUAUUGGAUCGAGUACUUUAACAAUCCUGAUGCUACUUGGCGUGGUUUCAUUACGUCCAUUUACCUUUUGGGAGCUUUUGUUGGUGGUCUAUUCGCAGGCCCAUUGUCCGAACGUAUCGGUCGUAAGCAUAGUAUCAUGGCAGCAACCAUCAUCUUUUGGUUUGGCACAAGCAUGCAAACAGGUGCUUCCAACGUUGACCUCUUGAUGGCUGGUCGUUUUUUCCAAGGCGUGUCCAUUGGUAUGUACAGCAUGAACAUCACCGUAUACCAAAGUGAGUUGAGCCCUGCCCAUUUACGUGGUCGUGCCAUCAGUUUCCAGCAAUUCAGCAUUGUCACCGGGAUUAUGGUAUCAUUCUGGAUUGGUUAUGGCUGCGCUUACAUUGAAAGCGAUGCAUCAUGGCGUGUCCCUCUCGGUAUCCAGCUGGCACCAAGCGUUGUCUUGUUCUUUGGCUGCUUUAUUCUACCCUAUUCGCCACGUUGGCUUUGCAGCAAAGGUCGAUAUGACGAAGCUUUACAAACAUUAGCCAAAUUGCAUGCAAAUGGAGAUGUCAACGAUCCAUUUGUGCGACUCGAAUAUGACGAAAUCAUGGAGCAAAUCAAAUACGAGGAAACCAAAGGAGUAAAAACCUAUGCAGAGCUAUUUAGAUCACCAUCCACUCGUCGACGUGUGAUCCUAGCAGCAGGAAUCCAAUUCCUACAACAAUGGACCGGAAUCAAUGCCGUUUUUUAUUACGCACCUUUUAUUUUCCAAUCAGCUGGUCUCACAGGUACCUUGCCUUCGUUGCUGGCAACUGGUGUCAAUGGUAUCGUCAGUGUCAUCUUUACAAUUCCCGCCCUCUUGUUCUUUGAUCGCUGGGGUCGACGCAAGACCGUUAUCAGUGGCGGCAUUGGUAUGGCAAGCUCUAUGUUGAUUGCUGGUGCGCUUUUGAAAGCGUAUCCCUUCACUGAGUCUGGGGACAACAACACACAAGCACAAUAUGCAGCAGUUGCAAUGAUGUUUAUUUUCAGUGCAUCGUUUGCUUCCGCUUGGGGUCCAAUUGGAUGGGUUUACCCAGCCGAGAUUUUCCCUAUGCGUGCUCGCGCCAAGGGUACCUCAUUGUCGACCGCCACGAACUACUUGAUGAACUUCGUCAUUGGUCAAAUCACGCCUGUCAUGCUGGAUAAUAUCACCUAUGGCACCUACUUCUUUUUCUUUGCCACCAAUGUGUGCUGCAACUUGAUUAUCUACUUCUUUUAUCCAGAAACCAAGAACCGUACGCUUGAAGAAAUGGAAAUUCUCUUUGGUGGUGAGGAAGCUGAACAAAUUGCAAAGGUGGCGGAACGCAAGCAUGGCGCCAAUGUAACAGAAGCUGAUCAAGAAAAGGUGGAAGAAGAUGCACUUCCAUCAAACUCCUCAAAAGAAGAGAUUCCAGUGUCAUCCACCAAGGAGGCGACGGCAUAG